CCAGUUAUAACCUGUGCGGUUUUACCCUGUCAUUUUUAACUCCAUUGUGUUACGUAUGCCAUCACACCCAAAUGCCACAACCAUUUCAACACGCAGCGACACAUCACGGUUCGCCUCCCCACUCGCAAUCAAGCAGCAGAGAGCACACUCCUCAUGGGUCUCUACGAGCGCCGCAUGCCCCGCACAGCCUCCAUGGACGCAUACGAAACCGAGCGGGACGCGCGUGACUAUCACAGCAGCGUUUCCCGUUCUCUGCGGCCUCCAGAGGCCUCAGGGCGCCCGAGUUACUCGUCAUCGCCGUCUUUCCCGCGUUCUUCCUUCACACAGGAAGCAGGACGGCGCCACGUCUCGCCUGGUGGGACACAGGACAGAACCGCAGCCGCCGACAACCUGCUCUCGCUCAUCCAGUCCGUUAAUCCUGGCCGCAAGCCAGCGUACGAGCAGUCGAGACGUGAUCAUGCGGCGUCCAGCCAUUUCACACACAUGGGGCGUUACCAGAGACUUAAGGACGAGUUCGGCAACACGUCCGAAGACGUAACGCCCCCUGCUACUGCAGAGGAGCCGAUGAGUCGAGGUAGGAAGAGGCUGGAGCCUCCCACGAGCCCCAAGAAAAGAAGAGUCGGGAGACCAGCGAAAUAUUCCUAUACAGAGGAUGACGACGACAAUUUAAAGAGGAAGAGACGCGAUAAGAAACCUACAUACAUUGUACGCAAAGAGAAGAAGGCCAUGCUCGAAGCAGAACUGGUAGAACUCAAGCAACGGGUCGUUCAACUCCGACGAGCGAGUGGGAUCCCCGACUCGUUCUUCGCUGAGAAGGAGCAGCUUCUAUCGAAAAUCCAUGACAAUAACAGACUCCGCACAGAGGCUAGAAAGCAGGACUUGCUGCUGAGAAAUGCACACGCUAUUAUGGCGUCCGAGUACCUGAUGAAGUGCAGCGAGAGUCCCAUUGAAAAUUUCAUCCAUUUGACGACGGAUUUAAAGCAGAGACGAGCAGCUUUGGUGAAUCUGAAGGAGACCAAGUUGAAACAGGCCGAUGAUUUCAUCACAGAGAGGUCCAAAGUCAUGCCACAAGUCACUCCUUGGUGCCAGGAGAGCAAAUUUGAGACCGAAGAGGGACAUUUUUGCGCCGAGAAAAUGGACAACACCCCUUUCCAUGGAGUGCGAUCUGUGCGUCAAGUCUUUGAGGCAUUGCAGUUCUUCUUUAGGAAUAUGGAGAUCAGUAUCUCGGAGAUGCUGGGGGACAUUACGGUGCGUGAAGAUGACGACAGCACAGCGAGCGACGCGUUUUCGAACCACCGACUGGUUAGUACCAUGUCACAUGGCGUUAAGGUGGAAAAGAACAUUGUUAAGUUCUUUAAACUGGUCGAGCCAGAGCACGAAGGGCAAGCUCCCUAUGCGCUUGUCGCCACGGACUCUGUAGAUCUCGAUGAUAUGUACCCAUACGUACCUCAAGAGCGCAUUCGAAUGGACAUCAACGCUGCCAUGAAGUUUACGGAACAUUUCUGUAAGAUACCCCCGAACCGGAAGACGAAGACACGCACGCGUCAUCCUCUGUAUGGAUCUGGAGGCUUUCCAUAUCCUCGGGAUCCUGAAGAGGACCAAGACGAUGAAUACGAACGUGUGGUGGUGUUAACGCGGUUUUUCCGUGUUAAGUUACAUCACACCGAGAUGGAUAUCCCUCCGCACGUGCUCCAAGAAGUCCGCCAGGGUCUCGCUUGCUUCUCUGACACGAUGGUUCAGAGCAUGCAUCGCGUUAUCUACGAGUCUCGUUAAGGUACCGUUAUGUUAUCAGAUGCGUAUGUAGAACUAGUUUUUUUUCCCAGAAAUUCAGCAUAAACAUGCAUACAGUUUUUGACAUUUUCAUGGUGCACCGUAAAGGGACUGAUUCAUACUGUGAACCAUGUUGUCCGUGAAGUGUGUGACGCUGCGUUGAACGUCCUGCAGCAUGCGUGGAGGAAUUUCCAGCUCCGAGUGAUGCAGCUUCACUCGAAACCAUCGUGUCAUGACUACAACAAGCUCCUCAUCUGUUUUCCCUUUCUUCUUUCGGGCAAAUGACGAGAUUUUCAUUGCAGCAGUGACGUCUUUGCGAAGACGCUCCAAUGGAGCGUACGGAUAGAGGUCGUCCUCGUCGACAGGAGCUGUAGCCAUGAUACCAUUUGACCCUUCUCCAUCAUCCUCGUACUGAAAGAAUUUGAUGGCAUUCUUCUCGACCAUAAGUCCGUUGGACAGCAUAGUGACUAGACGAUGGUGUAGCAUGGGGUUCUUGCUACUAUCCAGGUCGUUCGAAUCUUCUCUGAUUGUCAGGUCCUCACCCAGUUCAGUUGUGGUGAUUUCCAGGUUGAAAAAGUAAAAUUCCAACGCGUCGAACACUUGCUUGACACUCUGUACACCUACAAACUGGUGCACGUCCAGCCGUGUAGCGAUGUAAUGUCCUUCAUCCGUCAAGUGCCCGGACUCCUCGUAGAAAGGUCGAUUCGGAUUGGUUGCCAGCUCCAUUCGCUGCUUCAAAAACUGCAUCGCACAUUGCAGGUACUGGUGCUUCAAUGCGCAAACUUGCGACCGUCGUGCAGAAGGAUCCUUGCUCAGAUGGAUAUAACUUUCCAAAGGAUUGUGUCCUCGCAGAGUCUGGAAAAAAAAGAAAUAUUGCUUAGUCAUCCCAGAUUUUUUUCUACUAAUUUACUGUCAAUAUCUCACUGAAAAUUCUGCAAAAGCCGACUGAGCUGCAGCCAUCGCGUUCUGUUGCAUUUGAAUCGCUUCUUUCAACUGGCGGUUAACCUCAACUUGGUGCUCAGUAGCUGCCACCUCCUUCGGGUCUGGAAUCCCUGCGUCUUUACGAAGUAACGCCGCUCGAGUCUCCAGGAAUGCUAAUUCCUUGAGUAAAUGCUUCUUCUCCUCCUAAUUAACAGCAUAAAAGCACAUUACAGAAUGAUUACUUUAGAGUUAAGUAACUGAUACCAACCCUCUUGGCUACAUGGCUGGGCGUCCUGCCCUUCUUCUUCUUCUUCGGUGCCGCCUCGUCCGAUGUGGAGCCGCUGUCUUCGCUGGUUAGCGCGCGCUUUGUUGGUUGCUCGCUGCUGGCCAACGGAUAGAACGUGCGCGCGAGCGAGAAGAGGAUCUCCUCCGUCAUGCUGUCGGUCAUUGCCGCUUACGCACAGAGGAUUUUUGUGUCGAUGCUAAAGGUUCUACUCGUAAACACGAAUGGUGGUUUGUUACAAUGGCGAUAAAAAUAUAUACUUCUAACGGUAUAUAGACUAUUACAGGUAAAUAGAUUAAACGUUUCUGAAGAAGUAUUUCAAAUUAUAAAGAUAUAUAAGCCAACAUAGGCUGUAUGGA